AUGCAGAAAGACGCCAUUACAGUAGCGACCGAGGCAAUGGAGUCAAAAACAGCUUUGCAAGACAUUGCUCUCCACAUAAAGACGGCGUUCGAUGAUAAGCACUCGCCCGUGUGGCACUGCAUAGUUGGGAAGAACUUCGGGUCGUACGUGACGCAUGAGGAAAAGCAUUUCAUAUACUUCUUUCUCAAGGGCCAUGCGAUCCUGCUCUUCAAGGCUGGUUUCGCCAACACGUGA